AUGGUUCUACCACCACUCAACGACGACAAGCUUUUCCUCGCAGUUACCACCAUCAGUGAUCAAUUCAGCAUGGCCUACAAACAACAGGGAGCAGAUGGAUACCUCAAUCAUCGCAAUGCCUCAGUCUCUCGGCUCGGAGAAGUGCAGAUAGGAGAAGGGGAGGAGAUUCCCUCUUUUGUGACCAUCUACAUUCGACGGAAGGUCGGGCUACAUGGAUUAUUCAUGUCGUGA